UCUCGAUUCCUCGCGAGUUCGCUCGUCCCUCGCUCUUGUGCACCGAUCCAAAUGCAUCGCUCCGUGUCGGAAAAUGGAAACUGUAAUUGUAACGCAUCCAGAUUCACAGCCAGAAAGAGAAGAAUAAAUUUCACGACAGACGGCCAUGCGAAUAGUGAAAAGGCAAACGAUAAAGACGAGGAAAAGAGGAUCGAGUAAAUGCUGCAGAUGAAGAAGAUUGUCAUUUCGUAAUUUUUCCCAAAUGUGAUUUGUAAGCCGCUACUUUUUUCAACGUAUUAUUUGACAGCCGAAGCAAGACAAGCGACAGAAAUUUACGCUUGACAAUGUGAGGAAAGAUUCGGGACAAAUUUAUCCUCUUUAUCGUCAUGUUUUUAACAUGACAUUUGAUAUUACUACCGUUUAAGACAAAGGUGAUAAAACGACGAUCUCAUACCGCAUCAAUAGUCUAGUACUCUAUUCGUGUAAACCUGUUGAAAUGACAUGCGUAGGCAAUUGUUUGUAUAUGUACAUAUAUAUACACAUACGUACGUGAAAAUGUAAGGCUUCUAUGUUUCCGAUACAUUGAUCUAUCGGCGAGCAAUUUCUGCGUGUCUUUCGCAACUGUUUUCAUCAUUGAAACGAGAAAGAGAGAAAGAGAGGAAAACUGAAUUAAAUGCAAUAGAUUGACUCAGAAUUGAAUUAGUGUUCAGUAAAAUGUAAAAAGGGACAAGAAAGUAAGGAGAAUCAGAAUGAUCGUGGAAAGGAAAGACCAAACGCACGCGUAACGUAAACCAGCCGGUCCAGCUUCAUUUUUCGCGCUCAUCCUCCCCGAUCGGCGCGAAUUCGCUUGAGCCGCUUGGAUCUCUUGGUGAUGCAUCGUCGAGCACGAGCGAGAUGGCAGAAACGAUGGCAGACAAUCGUACAACGUACGACGGGGCAGGAAAGCUGAAUCUCACGUCGAUGACAUUCCUUCCUUCCAACGUGGUCGCGGCCGCGUUUAACGCCGAGACGACUAAUCCGUCCGCAGCGAUGGCGGGCGACCCCGCGGCCGUCACUACCAUCAAACCGCACCAUCGCGUCUACAACGCGACGGAGUAUCUCGUCGAGCAGGACGAGCUCGAUCACAGUAUCCUUGCCAACUUUUCAGACAUACAGACCGUUUUGCUUGCAUGCAUAUCGACGUUAUUACCGCUGAUCAUCGCCUUGGGGAUCGCUUUCGGCGUCAGGCACGUGUGGCGAAAGUAUCGAAACGACAGAGACAGCGGGAAUGGUCUGCCCUGGUACAAGAACGUCUGCAACCGCGAUAAUGCAGUCGAAUCGCAACAUCAUCAUCCGCAUUCCGGAAACGUUCCCGUUGAGGCCGCCACGAGGGUCCUCUCCGCACAAGACUUGGUGAAUGGCCUAGACGUACCUCGAUACAUGUGCGAGACGGAGGUGAUGGAGGAUGUAAACGUUGCCCCGACGGCGGCGGCGACGGCGGCGGCGGCGGCGACCGUGAUGGAGUACACCACCACUUCCGGCAAUCAUACCAGCAAGAACGCGAACGGGAACAUCAUCACCCUUACGCUCAAGAACAAUCAUCUUAUCGUGGAAACGGAGGAACGUGCGGUAACGAUGGAGGAUAACAAACCCACGUCAAGAUACAAGGACAGCGGGUGUUCAUUUGUGGUGGAGGUACAGCCGGAUUAUGACAAGGAAGAGACGGAGGGUAACAAAGGGUCGUCCGAUGAUGUGACCACUGGUGUCACCGAUCAACAGGCUCUGGUGCACAGGGAGGAAAUACCGGACGACAGAUCCUCAGGUUUCGAAAAUACGCGACUGUUCGGGAGCACCAAUACUGGUCUGUCACAAUCAGACCUUUCGAUAUCCAGUCAAGGUUCGGCUAAUCCGAGCUACCGCUACGGCAAUCAGGUCGAAUAUGAUUCCGGCCAUCUUGGUUACCCCAUGUACGGUGGUAACUACGAGUCCGAUGUGUUACCGAGGAAACUGGAGGGACGAUCGAAAUGGGUCGAAUUCGACAAAUCACCGGAUAUUGAAAAGAUACUGUUAGACGAUGCCAGAAAUUUCAACGAGGAGGAAGCCGAGGAAGAGGAGGAGGAUGAGGAGGAGGCGGAGGAGGUAGAAGAGGAAGAGGAUAAGAAUUUCUUCGGAAAAUCAAAAAAUAUAUCGUCCCUACAAGACGUUGUGAGCGCGGCGAUAGGACGAGAGGACUCGUUGGACGUCGACAGUUUCCCGGACGCUGUGCGAUCGAAUCCGAAUCUCCAGGUGAACGGUACGACGCCCAACAAGCUCGAGAUUAUGGAGCAAAAGGCGCUGAGCAACGACUUCGCCAGCAAGGCGGAGAAUCACAAGCCCGUGAUAACCGGCGUGCUGCUGAAGGACGACGUGCUGCAGGAGGACGCGUUCCAGGAGCAGCAGCGUAAACUGGGUAACGGCACGCUGACGCCGGAGCACAAUAAGGGAGACAGGACGGCCGCGCGCAAGCCGGAAGGCAGCGUUUUCGUGCCGAGUCACAAGCGAGCGGGCAGCAUCCCGCCGCGGCUGAUCGAGGAGACGCUCGAGAUGGAUCGCAAGAAGUCCCUCGACAUCUACAACAAGUACAGUCAAAUCAAAACGAGCACCAGGGGCAUACUGCCGAGCUUGAGUCCGAAAUUCGAGCUGCUGCAGAACGAGGUGAGUCCGAUCGAGGAGAAAGAGAGUUAAUGCGCGCGCCAAUCAAAAGGAACACCUCCCCUUCCCCCUUUCCCCUCUCGUCCCGUCGCCUUCCGUCCGGAAGGUUCCCUUCGUUGUCGUCGUCGUCGUCGUCGGUUCCCCGACUGUGCUGUCGGGAACGCAACGUCCUCGGGAUAAAUUGCAACGAAAGAUACUAGUCAGGGAUUAUUGACAAAGAAAAUGCAGCGAACACGAUUAAUGGUGUACUAAUGGUGUAGGAAUUAUGUUACUUGGUGUAGCGAAUAUAUGUAACGGAUAUGUCGGCAUCGUUAAUGGUCGAUCUGCACGACUAUCUAUAAUACUUCGACAGAUGGCAACGAUCUCGCGGAUUUGAACCGAAUAUAUAGUUGAGUAUCUUCGCGAGAAUAUCUACACAAAUGCUAUGCGACGACGUGAAUUAUUUAACGUGAGAAGUUAGCGUUUAGCGUGUAAGCAAUUUAAUCAAAGAAGGAAAGACGCGGUCACCGUAUAAGGACGCUCUAUACACAUGAUCGCAUGAUUAGAAUGGUUUUUCUUUCGGAAAUAAUAAAACGAGACGUGUAACACAUAGGUCGCUGAGUUUUCUAAUUAUAUAUUCAGAAAAUCGCUUAUUUCGUGUUGUAUACAUAUACGAUGGCUUAAUAAAAAAAAAAAGGAAAAAUUUUGUCUUUAAUAUAACGGACCGUAUGCUAUUUAGUUCAAGCCGAAUGGAGAACUUUUCGCAAUCUAAACAAACGAGCGAUAAUUAAUGUUAAGCGUAACAUAUGCCGAUCAUGAGCUAAUCAAAGAAAAGCGUAGCAAAUAAGAGAAACCUUUUUUCAUCGUAAUCUCACGUAGACUUAACAGGUUCAUCACUCGACUUGUGAUAGGAACGUAGUCAUAUUAUAAGAUUUCGUGAAAUUAACAUUAAUGAUAUUAGAAAAUAUACAUACGUGACACACUCGAUCUUGCUCUGGUUUCUAACUUCUUUAUUAAGAACACGUAGUCAAAUUUUAACUUUUUUACACAAAAUGCGUUACCUUUUUCAUUCUUAAAAUUAAUUGCUUAUAAAU